GUCAGACAACCCGGAAAUGACGUUGCGGCAGCAGGAAAUAUAGCUCGGCUAACUUAGCACAACAGCUACCACUACUGACACUACUGUUUUAUUUAUUAAAAUCGGAUUGUGCCGAAAUAACUGAGAAGUGGAAAUUACACGGCCACUUUAUUUCACUUAUAGCUACGAAGCUGAGUAUAAGCAGGACGUGGUUUGGACAACAGUGGCUAGCUAAUGUUGUGUGUUGACACCCCGGAGCCACCCAGAGAGAUGACCCGCAAGAGAAGCAUGGUGUGGGGCUUCUUUAAAACCGUGGACUCACAGUCGGUCCAGUGUCUGCUCUGCAGGGGCUACCAGUCCAGACAGGUCCAGGGCAGCACCACGGCCAUGUUGAGACAUCUGCGUGUCAAACACCCCAAAGAGGUCGCCAAGAAAUGUAUAGGACGGGCACCUGAAACUAUACCCAGAAACGGUCUUCAAGACGUGGACACGGACUGUGAACAGUUGUGCUCCGUGGAAGUAGCGCUGGAGGACGGAGACUCUGACGUCCAUACUAACAUGAAUGAAUCUGAUAUUAGUUCUGCUAUUAAUGGCAUCCUGGAAUCAGCACGUGGAGAUGCAGCAGAACAAAUAACACAUGAAGAGGGGAGUGACGACCGCCCUGUAAGACGAUGCCGGCACAAACGGAGCUUGAUUUGGAGGCACUAUGAGCGUUUGGACAGUUUGAAUGCUGCUCGUUGCCACAUUUGCAUGAAGAAGUUACAGUGCUUUGAAGGUGGUAGCACCAGCAACUUGCAUCGACACAUGUCAAAGAGACACCCAGAGGUGUUUUCUAGACUAGUGGCUGACGGGCUUAAACCACCUCCAUCUAGCUCAAAUGCUAAUGGUGACACAUUGACCCCACCAGAGACUGCUGGGGCGACAGAACAGAGACAGAGAUCAGGUUCAAGAGCAUCUGAUGGAGAAAGGCGUGUGUUGAGGAGAGAGCGGGAGCUGAUUGAGGCUCUGAGGAGGACACAAAAGGAGGAGGCUCGGGCUCUGGAGCAUCAGAGGGAGCUGCUUGAGAAGCUGCGUGCAGCGGAUGCCAGAGAGGCAGCUGUAGAAAGGGAGAAAAUUGAGUCACUGAGAAAAGCACAGCAGGAGGAAGCCAAAGAAUUAAAUACACAGAGAGAAGAGCUGCAAAAGGAAAAGGCAGAGCUACAGAAGAAAUGGGAAGAGCUUCAGCAAGAAAGAGAAGAACUUCUCUUGUUUUCCAGAGGACAGUAACCCUCCUGAUUCAACAUGACCACAGGACUCUGAUGUCAGGUUUUCUAUAAAUGCCCUGGGACUGUUUCAGAUGUGAUGAUGUAAAAAUGUAAAUUCCUCUUUUGGUCAAAGCAAACAGUCAGUGGACAGUUGGUUUUGUUUCCGUUGCAGCUGAUGUCCGGACAUCACUCGUGCAUCAAAAGUAUAGACAUUUGAUGGAGGACAAACCUUUCCCGCCCUGCAUCUACUCAAAGCCACGACAAGCGAUUUUCAAUUUUAUAAAACUUUGUUUUACUACGGUUGCUAUGAGGCCUUGCCAGUCAUUCAUGUUUAUUCUGUAUUUUUUGCCACAGUGCAGCAUGUUGUCACUGACAGGUGGUGUCAUCCUCUUAUGAAACUUACGCUGAGACUUGAAUCGAGUCUCUUGUAAAAUGUACUAAAGGAGUCUCAAUAAAAUGAAUGAGGUCAGAUUUA